AUGGCUCUGAAGAUUUGUGAAUGCUGGUCCCUGCUCAUCUUCCUCUUCCUCCCUUUUUGUCUAUGUCAGGAAGAAUACUCGGAGGUGAGCGUGAAAGAUAUUGCAAACUUGACAAAAGUAGUUGAAAACCCUGAAGCUUCCAGGUAUUUAAACAGCGAACAGACUGAAGCUGCAAACCAUAUAGGUGGGGUAAAUUCGAGACAGGCUGCAGCUGACAAGACAGGAAAAGUACAUAAAAAGCCGAAAAGAAAGAAAUUUGAAACUAAGGUGAUAGAACAGCCAACUUCUAAGGAACAACAUGAGAUUGUGGAUAGGCCUGCUCAUUUCGAAUGUAAUCGUUGUUGUCACCGAGCAGAGCCUGGUCCCCGUGGAUGGCCUGGUCCUCCUGGCCAAGCUGGUAUUCCGGGAAACCAUGGAAAUAAUGGAAAUAAUGGGCUGCCAGGACAUGAGGGUGAGAAGGGAGAGCAAGGCCCUAAAGGUGAUAUGGGACCCCGAGGAGAACGUGGAAUUCAAGGCAUUAAAGGAGAAAAGGGACAAGCAGGCAUCCCAUCAGAACUCAAAGUUGCUUUCAUGGCUUCUAUGGCAACUCAUUUCACAAACCAGAACAGUGGUAUUAUCUUCAGCAGUGUGGAGACCAAUGUUGGAAGUUAUUUUGACGUUAUGACUGGAAGAUUUACUGCACCUAUAACAGGUGUUUAUUUCUUUAUUUUUAACAUGAUGAAGCAUGAAGAUGUAGAAGAAACAUCUGUCUACCUAAUGCACAAUGGAAAUGUCGUCAUAAGCAUGUAUAGUUCCGAAUCCAAGGGAAAGCAUGAUACUUCAGGAAACAGUGGGGUGCUUAAGCUUCAAACAGGAGAUGAAGUUUGGCUGCGGAUGGGAAAUGGAGCAUUGCAUGGUGACCAUCAAAGACAUUGUACAUUUUCUGGCUUCCUCCUUUUUGAGGGUAGCUAA